GUGACAAUCAAUUUUAUGGUCCUUUUAUAGCCUUUACCUGAUAUUUUUUCCUUCAAAAGGAUCGAGAAAAAUUGGUGAACAUAUUUUUUAUAAUUUAAAUAAAAAAUUAAUAUAAAAAAAUAUUUGUUAUUUUGAAAUUUGUAUGUAGAAAGUUAUUUUAUAAAAUAUGUAUAUAAAAAUUUAAAAUAAAUUUAUAAUCUGGUGAAAAUAGAGAGGACAAAAAUAAAGGAAAGGAAGAUGAAAAAGAGUAUAGAGGCUGCUUAAACAUUUGCGUUAGUAAGCUACUACUCCUCCCAUUAACUUUCAAACAAAACUAAACUAGCUAUGCAAACUUUACUCUUGCCGGCGGCUCGCCCCGGCAUCGGAACUCCGCCGUUAGCUCCUCCACCUGCCGGAAAAUCAUGUCGGCAUAAUUCCCUCCGAUGGUCAAAUACCCUAAUCUCUUCUCCUUCAACAUUACCUUUUUCCCCUUUGAAAAUUGAGCCACGUAAUUUGCCGCAAUUCAUAAGCAGAAGGAACAGAAUAUUAGCUGCUUCUUCUCCGGUUUCUGCACCCUACACUUCUCCGAAUGAUGAGUCUGAAAAAGCUAAGUUAGCUCAGGUUGCAAAAAGACUACUGGAUACUGCAAGGUACUUCAAGAGAUUGGGUACUCUAGGGUUUUGGGGACAGCUUGUAUGUACGCUUGUUGCUGCGGUGAUCCUUUCGUUUUCUAUUGUUAUUACGGGGAAGAUUACAUCACCCUUCACAUUCUACACAACUGCCGGUGGAAUUGCAGCUGCUUUUGUUUCAGUUUUUUGGUCAUUCGGCUAUCUUCGUUUGUCUGAAAGGCUAAAGAAGACAGCUAAUGAGCCUUCAAAGGCUCCUCCUCGUGCUGAUGUUGUGAAAAGCUUGAAAAAUGGGAUAGUGGUGAACCUUCUGGGACUGGGUGCUGCUGCGCUUGGGAUGCAAGCAACUGUGGGUGCAUUGGUGGCUAAGGCUCUUACCCAAUCAACUAAUCCUUACCAGAGUUUGGCUCCUGGAAGCAGCCCCGUGCUUGCUUUGGAUGUAUUUCUGGUUCAGGCAUCAGCAAAUACAAUCGUUUCACACUUUCUAGGUCUAGCAUUCUCAUUGGAGCUGUUGCGCUCAGUCACCUUACCAACUUCAGAAGGCACUCCGGUUCCAAGGAUUGCAUGAAGUGCUUGAGAGUCAACGUCAUAACUUGAGAUCACAGCCCAUGUAUUUACUAUAAAAUGAGUGACCACUCCUUGGUGAUUUGCAAAUGAAAUUAUUUUUCUUUCUCCAAUUUCUGAGAGGCUUGUGAUAAAACUUUCAACUCCUGUCAAUUGCCUAUGCUUUUUGGGGCAUCUAUAAAACAAGGCGGAAUUGUUUGCCACCAGUUAAAGACUCCUCUCGCAGUGCAAGAUGCAAAGAAGAAACCUUACGCCCUCUCUCUUGUGUGUUACGUCUGUAAUCUGCUAGGAAAUAAAUCUCUCUCUCUCUCUCUGUUAGUUUUCCUUUAUUUUUCUCUGCUAUUGUUCCUUGUUUUGAUCUAUUUAGUCUUUGUAGUAAGACAAGUAUAACAAUGUUCUUUACAUUUUAAAAAGAGUUGCAGCUUUUCCUUCCUAUGUA